AUGAAAAUUGCCAUAGAGGGAUGUGCACAUGGUGAAUUGGAUAAGAUAUACGAGUGUGUAGAAACUUUACAAAGAAGAGAAGGAAUAAACGUGGACUUAUUAAUAUGUUGUGGAGAUUUUCAAUCAGUCCGCAAUAAUGAUGACCUUAGGGCUAUGGCUGUGCCGGAGAAAUAUCAAAAUAUAUGUACGUUUUAUAAAUAUUACAGCGGGGAAAAAAUCGCCCCAAUAUUAACUAUAUUCAUUGGAGGCAAUCAUGAAGCUUCAAACUAUUUACAAGAGCUGCCGUAUGGUGGUUGGGUUGCACCAAACAUAUAUUACUUGGGCAGAGCCGGUGUUGUACAGUUUGGAAAUUUACGAAUAGGAGGAUUAUCAGGAAUAUUCAAGGGCCAUGAUUAUUUACAAGGUCUAUGGGAAUGUCCUCCGUACACUCCCGGUUCACUGAGAUCAGUAUACCAUAUAAGAUCUCUGGAUGUGUUUCGGUUAAGUCAAAUGAAAGAAAACAUUCACAUCAUGUUGUCACACGAUUGGCCGAGAGGUAUCACUAGUUAUGGGGAUAAAGAGAAUUUACUUAGACGGAAACCAUUCUUAAGAGAUGAUGUUGAGUCAAACCAAUUAGGCAGUCCCCCAGCAGAGAAGUUGUUACACACAUUGAAGCCUCAGUACUGGUUUGCUGCACAUUUGCAUUGCCAAUUUGCUGCUGUUAUUAAUCAUGACGAUAAUCAAGAAACAAAAUUUCUUGCUCUAGAUAAAUGUUUGCCACGAAGAAGGCAUUUGCAAAUAUUAGAUCUGGCACCAGAGUAUGAUGGUGACAAGACUUUAAAGUAUGAUCCUGAAUGGUUGGCAAUUUUGAGAAAUACCAAUCAUCUUUUAUCUGUUAAGAAUGUAGAUUGUCAUCUACCUGGCCCCGGAGGUGAUGAACGGUAUGAUUUCACACCAAGUGAAGAAGAGAAAAAUGCAAUAUUAAGUCUGUUAGAUACGUUAGUAAUAACCAAUGACUCAUUUGUGAAAACUGCACCGGUUUAUAGGCCUGGUGCACCAAAAUGUCCACCCACAGAACCUGUGUUAAACCCCCAAACUGCUUUUUUAUGUGAAAAGUUAGGUAUUGAUGAUCCCAUCCAGGUGAUUAUGGCUCGUUCAGGUAGAACUAUAAGGCGAGUACAAAUUGAAAAUAAUGAGAGUGAAGAGAAAGACGACAUUAUUGAACAGACUCCAUUCAAAUGUUCGAAGCUUUCUCUUCCGGCUCCAAUAACACCCAGUGGGAAUAACGAGGACACAUCAAGAGAAAUGUCAGCUUGUACGCCGGAAAACAGUUUUUUAUCUAUCAGUAAUACAUCAGAUUGUAUAACACCUCCAAGUGCUACAAAAAAGGUUUUCAAAAGACGUAAUCUGGCUAUAUAUACUCCUGAAGAAGAGCCCGAGAGUGAUUCAAGCAGUUCAUUUAUGAAUUCACAGAGUCCAAGAUCAAGCAAAAUAUUCUGUAAAGAUGACUUAUAA